GAGAGAGAGAGAGAGAGAGAGAGAGAGAGACAGAGACAGAGACAGAGACAGAGAGAGAGAGAGAGAGAGAGAGAGAGAGAGAGAGAGACAGAGAGAGAGAGAGAGGGCUCACCACUCCACUCCGGUAGACGCAGCAUGAAAGCAUGCCCGAAGCGGAGAGUGGUGGACACAGAUUCCUCCUCGGACUUGGUGGCGAUAGGAUGACCUGAACCGCGCGGAAAAUACGCACCUUUUCCCGCCAGAGGAAGACUCUAGACCCGGUGACGAUCUGUUCAGGACGUUAUAACAGAAGGAAGAAGGAAACCAAAUCAGCCAGGCAAGAUGAAUCCAAUGGCUCAGCUGUAUUAUAAGAAGGUGAGUUACUCUCCGUACCGGGACAGAAUCCCACUGCAGAUUGUUCGGGCUGAGUUGGAGCUCUCUGCUGAGGAGAGGGCCUACCUCACCGCUGUAGAGAAAGGGGACUAUGCAGGUGUGAAACAUGCUCUGCACGAGGCGGAGGUAUACUACAAUAUAGAUGUGAACUGUCUGGACCCUCUGGGGCGGAGCGCGCUGCUCAUCGCUAUCGAGAACGAGAACCUGGAGGUGAUGGAGCUACUUCUGGACCAUGGGGUUGCUACGGGAGACGCCUUACUCUACGCCAUACGGAAAGAGGUGGUGGGGGCCGUGGAGUUGCUGCUGUCUCAUAGGAGACCUGGUGGAGAGAAACAGGUCCCUUCUCUGAUGAUGGACAGUCAGUUCUCAGAGUUUACUCCAGACAUUACUCCUGUUAUCCUGGCAGCUCACACCAACAACUAUGAGAUCAUUAAACUGCUGGUCCAGAGGAAAGUGACCAUCCCCAAGCCUCACCAGAUACGAUGUGACUGUGUCCAGUGUGUUUCUAGUUCUGAGGUAGACAGCCUGCGUCACUCCAGGUCUCGUCUGAACAUCUAUAAGGCACUGGCCUCUCCCUCUCUCAUCUCUCUCUCCAGUGAAGACCCCAUCCUCACUGCCUUCAGACUGGGCUGGGAACUCAAAGAACUCAGCAAGGUGGAGAAUGAGUUCUGUCAGGAGUAUGAGGAACUUUCCCAGCAGUGUAAGCUGUUUGCUAAAGACCUGCUGGACCAGGCUAGGAGCAGCAGAGAGCUGGAGACUAUUCUGAACCACAGAGAUGACAGUGAAGAACUGGACUCCAGAGAGACCAGCCAUCAUGACCUGGCCAAACUCAAACUGGCUAUCAAGUACCAACACAAAGAGGUAGGAGACUCUAACUACUGUUAGUUUAGUCCUGGUUUAGUGGUAGGAGACUA